AUUUUUUGCGUACAAGACGGAGAAAUCGUGACAGGUGUGGAAGUGUAGCAGUUACUUUAACAGAAUCGAGCUAGUCGAAUAAGAUUAGAGUCCACAGAAACAGGAAGCAAUGUUUCAAAGCUUGAUCAAGCUGGCAGUCCCUAUCCGGGGGAGGGCGAACUGUUUGAGAAACAACAGAGGCGUUCUAGCCAGAUCCUAUGCACAGAGUUCAUCCAACUCGAUUGCAGCUCAGCAGAGAAAGAAGAUCUUGACGUACCAGAAGACCAGCAUUGGCGAGGUUGAAGCUGAUGCAGUGUCAGGCAGCAGAGUCCAUUCUGGUGUCCUCGGAGGUGGGGGUGAGAACGAGACCAUCAUCCACCCUGCAUUUGUCACGUCGUCGAACCUGACGAGUUUCCUCGGGAAGCCUGUCCGACCUGUGGUGAGUGUCACACGGUGUGAGACGUACGACUUGGCGAAGGUGCGGUCAAAGCUGUCGCUGAAGGGGGUUGCGCCGAUCCAAAUCGUGCCCAACGAAUGCAUAUUGUUCAAGUACAAGCAGCAGGACGUGUUUGUCUUCAAGUUCGGGACUAUAGUGGCGUGGAACAUCGAAGAGGAGGAGAUUCUCCGUGAGGUGGUUCCGCUUUUCAAGGACGCCGAGAUACACACGUACUCGUACCAGUCCGAGGACCUCGACUACGUGGAGCUGACGGCGAAGACGGGCGCCGGCGCCAACGCUGCAGACUCCCAUGUGUCUCCGGAGACGGAGAUCAUCUGCUUGAACUCGGAGUCUCCGCAGCAGAAGCUGCUUGACAUGCUGGCGUUCUCUUAUGGAAUCUCCCGCUCGACCAGACUCGCCAUUCUCGAGGAGGCCGUCGAGAGACACAUCCAGCUGUCGAGGCUGACUAUCGACAAGCUUUCGGAGGGCCAGCGCAUUGCAGUCGACCCCAAGGACACGCUCAAGCUCUCCGGCCGCUUGCUGCUUCUCCGCGGGAAGCUCAACCUCUACUCCGAGCUUGUCGAGACGCCCGACAUCUACUGGAGCGAGGCCCGUCUCGAGAAGAUCCACGAGAACAUCUCGCAGGCGCUGGACAUCUCCAAGCGGAUCGUCAUCCUCAACCGCAAGUUGGACUACCUCUCCGACGAGGCCGAGGCGCUCAUUUCCAUCAUGUCCAAGCGGACUGAGGUCAAGCUCGAGCUCAUCAUCAUCUACUUGAUUGUCAUCGAGGUCUGUUUCGAGGUGUACCACUUCUACGACCGUCUCGGCGGCAAGUACAACAUUGAGUACUUCCGUGCAUUACUCCAGCGCCCUGCCUAGCUCUUCUGUCUUUCCUGUAUAUAUCCAUCUCUGAUUUCUCAGACUUUUUGUCGCCUUUGCCGCCUUGGACGUCAAAGACCCUCCUUAUCCAUAUCUUAUCAUAUCCAUAUUCUCUCUUGUAGAACACCUGAAUGAUGGUUACGUAAGCAGAAUCACGUGCUUUAGAAUUGGCUCAAAACAGAAUUUUUCCCCCCG